AUGUUGGACAACGUGACGGAGGAACAAGAGUCGUGGCUCAGUCUUUCCGAUGUGUCGGUGAUUUUCCUGGUGGUGUAUAUCGUGAUGAAGGGCGUCAUCUUCGGAGGUAACCUCCUCACUGUGGUCACCAUCUGUGUGGACAGCGCUCUGCACACGCCUGCUUACAUCUUCACUGCCUUGCUAGCAGAGGCCGACCUUCUUGUCGGUCUGAGCGGCGUGUACGACAUGUUGGUCUUGGCAGCGCCCAGCUUCCUUCCCUUGCUCUCCUGUCCCGUCAACUUCUUGGUCAUCGCGGCCAUUGUGCAGGCCGCCCAGUGCACCGUCCUCAUCGCGCUGGACCGCACCCUCGCCAUCAAGUAUCCUUGCACUAUCCCUUGUGGAUGA